GCCCCGCCCUCCGCCACACCUGUCUCAUUAGCUGAGGUCGGCACAACAAAGCAGGAAAGGAGCUCAUUGUCUUACAUGAAGACUAGCAGCUGAACUCAUACAGUAUUUACAUUGUUCCUUAAUGGGAAUGAGCUUUUUGCAGUCGACGCUCUCUACGACAGACUCAUUCCAUCAUGAGGACACCAGUCUGGUUCUACCGACCCAAACGACUGCGAAAACCUCGACGAGGACCAGAUCAGACCAGGGGAUUUUCCGGGUCAUGAGGCAGGUUCAGCUUAUGCUGCGACGGAAAAACAGCAUCUCCAAUGGGGGAGUUGACUUACAGAGAAACACAUCAAGCAGCUUGGAUGACACUGAUGGCCUUUUUACUAACACUAAGGUAAACAGAUCUGAUAUAAACAGACACUCCUUAAAAAUCAUCUAUGCUCAGAGGCUGUCCAGAGGGGUGGACGCAUCCCAUCCACACAGCACUCAGUUAUCCCAUUGCCACUCUCCUUUAACGUUAAGAGCGCUGAUGGACUGCCCUGUUGGUUCUAAUUCAGCUCAGCAGAACACUUCCUGUGAAAAAUCCAGAGACAGGGCCACCUGCGCACCUCCAACUUGGAUGUACAGGAGCAAUUUACUCAGACAUUCAGGAAGCGCAAAGUAUCCGUCUGCAUCCAUAGCGUUCCAGCAAAGCUCUCGAGAUGCAUGGAGUCCCAGACAAAGUGUUGUAAAACAUGAUCAACACACUGCACAGCGAGUUAUGCAUAGGAUGUCUGGACCCACCCAGCAGGACCGAGGCUUCGCCUGGCAGGUUAAUGUGUCCCAAAGACAGAAAUCAAACCUGUCCGUCCUUCACAACAUGGAGGUGGACAUAAGGUGGGAGGAGGAGACGCCCCCAUCACAGAAAUCCGUUAAAAAGCCUGCGGAGAUGACACCGUAUAGAGCCUUGAAUCUUCUGAAGGAUUUUGAUGAGGAACGCCUGAUCAGUGCCGCCAAGUACAUUCAGACUCAAUGUUUUGAAGAAUAUGAACCUAGAAAUACGGUUUUCAUUAUGGAUGGGGUUGAAAAACUUCUUCCACUGCUUAAAAACGACAGCGAAGAGGUGCAGUGUGCUGCUGCAGGGGCCCUGCAUAAUGUCGUCUACAUGAACAACAACAGUAAGGUGGUGGUGAAGGAAACUGAAGGCCUACCUGUCAUCCUGAAAGCACUGGCAAACACGCGCAAUAAGGAGACCAUAUCGCACCUUACAGCUCUCUUGUGGAAUCUGUCUUCAGAUGAUACUAUAAAGGAGCUUUUCAACACAAUGUUCCUAAAUAUCAUCACCAAGUCAGCUCUGGUACCGGGGUCUGGCAUGAGUGUGGCUGAAAACCCCAAAGAUGAGAUGAUUGCUGAUCCCAAGUCUUUUUACUUUGCUACGGGCUGUCUACGAAAUCUGAGCUCUGCCAGCGCAAACAUCAGGACUUGUAUGAGGGAGUGUGAAAAUCUCAUCGACUCGCUGGUCUACUACAUUCAAAGGACCGUAGAGAGCCGUAAACCUGAUGACGAGUCCACAGAACAUUGUGUCUGCAUCCUGCAAAACCUGACUUAUGAAGCUGAGUUCGACUUCACAUCCCAAACCACCAAACAUCAGAAAGAGUCUGAACAACAUACGGCUACAAAAAAGACAGUUGACCAUUUUCUUCAUCGCAGGUCCAAGCCCACAGAGGAUGUGGAGGACACGAAUGAUGCAGAGAAUAUGCACCUCCUUCCGGAGGACAAAGACCCGCAUGGAGCUGAGUGGCUCUGGAGCAACACUCUUGUGCGGCUUUAUCUGUCACUAGUGGCCUGCAGCAAGCGGAGUUUGACACAGCAGGCUGCCCUCGGGGCACUGCAGAACCUCACAGCUAGAAAGGGACCGAUUUCUGAAUAUGUCGCCUCCGCUAUUGAGAAGGAAAAAGGAAUUUGCCAAAUUAAGAAGGUUUUAGAAGAUCAAGACAGUCGGCUGAAGAAUCCAGCCGUGUUCCUGACGAGCCACCUCUCCCGCUAUCAACGUCUUUGCCCCUCCAUCUUCAAGAAAUUGUUACCAGGAGUUGUGACGAUGGUGCAGAGUUUAGACACCAAGAUAAGUGUAUCCGAUGAGGUGACAACACAUCUGUGUCAGAUCCUAACAAACCUGAGCAAGUGCAAUGUGGACUAUGCCACUGAUAUUAUGGACCGACAAGCCAUGCAACAAAUGUUAAGCAUCAAACAUAAAGGUAAAGCAAACCAGGCCGCAGAUAAUCUGCUGUCGACAAUGUGGAUGCACAAAGCUCUUCACAACCGUCUAGAUAAACUUGGCCUUUUCAAAAACACCAGAAUUGUGCGGAAAAAUGUCAAAUGGUAAUGGAGCUGGAGAUCCUUGAACACAAAAAGUCAUCAACAUUUUUCAAAAGCAUCCACAACAAAAUACACAAAGCACAUAGAAAUGAUUUUUAUUAGCAUGUUGACAACCUUUUAUUGUGACGCACAAACAAGGCUGGAAUAAAAUGUUCAUAUUAAUAGUGCUGUUACCUUUUUUGUACUAAAAUAGGAGUAAUAGACAAAAUGGCAAAUUAUCUUAUUUUUAGGGACUUUUAAAGCACUUUUAUUGACAUCUACCUUGAAAUAAACAAACAUCCCUAGCUGCUGUUGCCGUGCCUUAUGGGAUGAAGAUAUUUAAGAAACUUAAAAUCUUUGUGGCACAGAUUAUCCAAACUAUUUGCGUGUUUUUGCAUGUUUUUCUUAUUCUACAUAGGCAACUCAACCUCUGACACUAAAUCUUUAAGUACUUCCGGUGACCAUGAUCUAAAGAAUGGCAUUAAACAGAUUAUCCAAAAUAAAAGAAGUUGGCCUGCGGAGGGUGAAAAGUGCCAAAUAUAAAUUAUUUAAAUGUCAAUUACAUUAAUUUAAAAAUAUUUAUUACAUUUACUGUGUAUGACCUGCAUGGAGUUUCUAAAUAGAAAUAUAUUUUGUACCUGGCUGAGCAUUUAGAAGUCAGAGAUGCUCUCCUGGAUCAUGUGACUGGAAAAACGGAAAACGGUCUAGAUGUUCUUGCAGUUCUUUCCGCUCUGUUUGACUAACCUUACCACAGACGGACAUGGAAAGCUUACUUUUUUAAACUCCGUAUUAUGUUCUGGGGGAUGUACUUGACAACUGAUGGUCCUCAUUGAGAUUCAAAACCUCCCAGUAAUUUGGUGAGCCCUAGGUUCAAGAAGCAUAUAAUCCUCCACAACAGAAUAUCUAAAGUCCGCCAUCCUGGUUCAUGUGUGUUGCUGGGUUUCCAAGUCAUUAGAGAUCCUCUUCCAAUAUGGCAUUUGCUUUCUGCUCAAGAUAUUUGUCAAAAGAGUGGAAGUGACGUGCAGAUUUUCUUCCAUUUUUCCAGUCUCAUCCAAUCCAAUAAGGCAUCUCUCGCUUCUAAUUUUUCAGCCAGGUACAAUAUCUUUCUGAAGCUUUGCACAGUUCCUCUACACCUCCAUGUUUCCCCCUCAAAGCAGGGCAACAAUCAAUUGGUCUACAGCCCGACCCCUGAAGUUGAUCGAUGUCUAACAGAUGUGUGCGCUGGAACAUAAAAUGAUUUCUUAAUGAAGCAAUUCAUUGUAAUUUGGCACUUUUUAUCAUCUUACCAUAGGGAAAGGCUGUCAUGUCUUAAAAAAUGAAGUAAAAAUUAUUGCACAUUGUAUUUUAAAUUGACUUUUUUGUGUGGAAAUAAACAGUUUUGAAUGCUUUUAAA